AUGUCUGUUAAAGUGACCGGCUUCAAAUCAUCCGAAGUUUUCGAACAGCUAAAGAUCAAUAUCACCGACAACGAAACAAAGAAAAAAGAGAUCAUCAAGAAGAUAAAUGCGAUCUAUGAAUUUAAUGUAAAAAAUGAAGAAGGAAAGACUCAGAUCUGGACCAUAGAUUUGAAGAAGGGAGUCAUUCAAUCCGGAAAAGGUUCGGCGGAACCUGACAUCUCCAUUAAUCUGUCGGAUGACACCUUUGUUCAACUGGCCUCUGGGAAACUAAACGGUCAAAAGGCAUUUAUGUCAGGAAAAAUUAAGGUCGAGGGUAAUAUGAUGUUGGCCACAAAGUUGGACAGUAUACUAAGCAGCAUUCCCAGGGCAAAAUUGUAG